UUAUCCUUCUCACCAUUAACACAAAACUCAAACCCAAACCCGCCAUUGCUAUAAACUUCAUUUCUUUCUUCAUUUUCUCGAAUACCCUUUUCUUCAUUCUUCUCAAAUGGCUCUUUCUUGUUCCAAAGUUUCGAUCUUUUCACUUUCUCCUAUAAUGGGUCAAUCUCCAAAAGCACUCACUUUUUCUUCUUCUUUGAGCUUUGAUCUUUCUUUUUCAUCUUUGAGGAAGGAUUUGAAGGUUUGUGCUAGUGGUAGUAAUGCACCACCACCAACAACAACAACACUAACUGGUGUUAUUUUUGAACCAUUUGAAGAAGUCAAGAAAGAGAUUCUUGCUGUUCCUAUUGCUCAUAAUGUUUCUUUGGCUCGUCAGAACUUUGAAGAUCAAUCUGAAGCUGCUAUUAAUGAGCAGAUUAAUGUGGAGUACAAUGUUUCCUAUGUGUACCACUCCUUGUUUGCAUACUUCGACAGAGAUAACAUAGCUCUCAAGGGACUUGCCAAAUUCUUUAAGGAAUCUAGUGAAGAAGAAAGAGAGCAUGCCGAAAAGCUUAUGAAAUAUCAGAACAUUCGUGGUGGAAGAGUGGUGCUGCACCCUAUUGUGAGCCCCCCUUCAGAAUUUAAUCAUGUGGAAAAGGGAGAUGCAUUGUAUGCCAUGGAAUUAGCUCUGUCUUUGGAGAAGUUAGUAAAUGAGAAACUUCUGAAUCUUCACAGUGUGGCUGAUCGUAAUAAUGAUCCUCAAUUGGCUGACUUCAUUGAGAGUGAGUUCUUGGAUGAGCAGGUUCAAUCAAUCAAGAAGAUAGCAGAGUAUGUGACACAACUCAGAUUAGUUGGAAAGGGUCACGGUUUGUGGCACUUUGAUCAAAGUCUUCUUCAUUAAGAUAAUGUUUGAUCUUUGAACAUUUGGUCCAUUAUGAAGUUCCGUAGUAUAGUGAAUAAAUGUAUCUCAUAGGUAAUUUUUAGACGUUUUGUCAAAAAAACAAAUGUAAUUUUAGACGUAGUUGCUAUUAUGUGUAAUGUGUUGUUAUUUGUAGAAGACUUGGAGCCAUUAUUAUGUUCUAUAACAAGUGUUUGUAGUAUGCAACAAUUAUUUUGUUAGAAAUGAAAAUGAAAAUGCUUGAUGGUGUUGAAA